GUUGAACUUUUUUUUUUUUUUCGUUUUGCAGAUAUAUUUAGAUAAUGAUCAAGAGUCUCGUUUUCACUGCCAUUCUGGUGUUAGUGGUACAACACGCUGUUCGGAUCUGGUUUUUCUUGGAUUACCACAAAACUGAGGGGAUAAUCCACCACCGACCCGGACCUUGUUUACAACUGGACGGCGCAGAUGGCGGUUCUGAAGAUCUCACAGUGUUAGACAAUGGAUUGACCUUCAUAUCCUCGGGAUAUUUUUCUUGGACUCGAGGCAGAAUUCUUCUUUUUGACUUAGCCAAAACCAAAUCCGAGGUCAAAGAGUUGCAUAUUAUCAGUUCCAGUCUGAAUCAAUCGGAUUUAUCUUUUCAUGGACUAUCUGCAUGGCAUGACAGUAAAACUGGGGAGACCACUGUUAUGGUAGUAAAUCAUGCCGGUUCGGAAGAUCAAGUGGAAGUGUUCACGUUCCAGAAGGACUCCAGCUCGCUGCUUCACGUCGAAACAAUUAUUUGCCCGAAACUAAAAUUUAUGAACGAUCUGGUGAUGACAAGCAGCAGGACCUUCUACAUUACCAAGUUCAGCGCACUGAGAGAAAACUAUUUCCUGGAAGGGCUACUGUUGCUUAAAUUCGGCGAAAUUCUAUACUAUGACGGCAGUGACUUUCGAAACGUAGCACAGGGCCUGCAUAUGCCAAAUGGCAUCAAUACAUCACCCGACAAGAGGUAUCUGUACGUCUCAGAAUUCGGAGGGAAGCAGUUAAAAUCAUAUAGUAUUGUUGGCAUGGAACUAGAACCUGUGGAGGAUUUGUAUCUGGACACUCAUGUGGACAACAUAGAGGUAGAACCAACAUCUGGUAAUUUGUGGGUGGGUUGUCAUCCCAGCUUACAUCGACUGGCCUCGGCAUCAGGCGACGUCGGUUCUCUUUCACCUUCACAGAUCCUAAUGGUGAGGACGACGGAUGGAAAGUUUAAGGAGACAGUGGAUGUGUACUCGAACUCCGGAUCUGAAUUGAAAGCAUCUACUGUGGCCUCUGUCUAUAAGGGGAAAAUGAUAGCAGGUACUCUUGGGUCGCAGCUAAUUGUGUGUGAUCUUCAAACCGCAGAGUGAUGUAUAAAUGAAGAAUAUUUCCUAAUUAUUUUUUUUUUUUUUGAUCUUUGACAAUACAUAUUGUUUCUUCAACGCAUUUUGUUCGUCAUGGUCACAUUUUUGUGAAUAACAUCUACAUACAGUUCCAUUAAAGUUAAAUUUACACACUGUAUGUCAUACAGAUAUGAUAUGAUCAGCUGUUUAACUGUAAAAUAUUGAUAUUUUUGUGGUUUUUAUUUAAUCACUAUCCAUAUUUUAAUUAGCAAUUGACCACAUCUUUAAAAUUUAUUUGUAAAAUGUCGCGACAAACAUGCGUUCACAUCUAAAAUGAUGAAUUUCUCGGUAUCUGAACAACCUCAUAUGUUUGAUCGUUACGCGGUAAAGUAUCAGAGCAUCGCAUUGUACAAUUGCCAUAUAUACUGUAUAGUCGGUAAAUUUUGUGGGGCUGAUAUUUCGCGGUUGUCCCAGUCGGAAGUAGUUCGCAAAUAUUUGAAACCGCACAACAACACUUUUCAAUAUUCUACAUUUCUCUAAAUUUGUUAAUAUAUACUUAUAUUCGUUGUGCAUUUAUUUUUGCGCUAUAUGUCAUGACCGCGAAUAUAGCAAAAUUAAAUCACCUAAAAAAGUUACCAAGUAUACAGCAUAAAAGAGAUAACCAUGUGCUUCAUUCUAAAAUCAUCAAAUAUCUUUGUUAGUUGAUAAA